AUGUAUGAUAAUAUCCUAGUAAAAAAAUAUAAUAUAAAUUUACUAGCAAAAAAAUUACCUGAUGCUUUAAUUAUUGGUGUAAGAAAAGGAGGAACAAGAGCAUUAUUAGACGCUUUAUCAUUACAUCCAAUGAUUAAAAUAGCAAGACAUGAGUUACAUUUUUUUGAUAAUAAUGAAACAUAUUUAAAAGGAAUAAAUUGGUAUAAAAAUCAAAUGCCAUUAGCAGAAGAUAAUCAGAUAGUUAUUGAAAAGACACCUGCAUACUUUACUUCACCAUAUGCCGCAAAAAGAAUUUAUAAAUUUAAUCCUAAUAUAAAAAUUUUAUUAAUUUUAAGAAAUCCAAUAACAAGAACGAUAAGCGAUUUUACACAAGUAUAUUAUGUAAGACAAUCUAAAAAUUUGUCAUUACCAGAAUUAGAAAAAGAGGCAUUUUAUAGUGGUACAGAACGGAUAAAUAAAAAUUAUAAACCUAUUAGAAAUUCAUUAUACAGUAUCCAUUUAUUUAGUUAUUUAAAAUAUUUUAAGAAAAAUCAGAUAUUAAUAUUAAAUGGUGAUAAUUUUAUUAAAAAUCCCUUAAACGAGCUAAAAAAAGCACAAAAAUUUCUCAAUUUACCACAAAUGAUAUAUUCAGAACAAUUAGUUUUUAACAGUGAAAAAGGAUUUUAUUGUUUUAAAAAAGAAGAAAAAACUAAAGUUAAAUGUCUUGGAAAUAGUAAAGGAAGAAAACAUGUAUAUGUCAGUAAAAGAACAAAAAAAUUAUUAAAGAAAAAUUUCAAACAGUAUAAUUAUGAAUUGAAGAAACUUUUUAAUGAUUUUGACUUUUAUUGGUAG